CGAGCUCAGCCCUACACAUCGCCUCUUGCAUGCAACUCCCGGAGAGGGAGAGGCGAGCGUGUCCUCCCCUCUCUCGGAGCCGCCAGCGUCUCUCGAGCCACCGCGGACCUGCUUUUCACACCUCCGACACCCCCCCUCCCUUCUUCCCCGCCACUCCCUCCCAGAGAGAGAGAGAAAAGGAAAAGGAGAGAGAAAGAUUCUGGAAUUUGAACCUUCCCAAAGAGGAAACAUACCCAGCAAAGUCAGUUGACUAAACAUCAAACAAACAAACAGAUCCCAAAUCUUCUGUUCAACUGGAAAGGUGUUUUCCUGGAGUCCUGAGAGGCAGGUAAUGGGCAGGACUGCCUCUGGCCCGCACCAUGAAGCCUGAACCUGCUUCAGCUCUGCCCUGGGCCCUGCCCUGCCUGAGCCCUCAGCUUUGGGUGGCCCCGCUCCCUGCAGCCCCCUGCUGCUAGGAGGUAAAGCUUCUGGGCGGGUCCUUGGCCUGUUUCCGCCUUUCACCUGGCUCACCUCACCAACCGCUCACACCUCCUCCAUCACGGCAGCCCCAGCCCAGCCCUCUCCCCGGCCUCCCUGGCUGGGGCGUUUGGGGGUCCGCUGGGAGGAGCGCGUUGCUGAAGCCUUCCACCCACCAAGUACCUUCUCCUCCUCGAGUCAAGGCCUCCGGAUCCACAUGGAUAGCUGAGGUCUUUUCUUGGAGGACACUUGGCUCCUCACUCUGGUCCCCCACCUCCCCCACCUGACUUUCCUCCUCUUCUGCUGGCCCGGCCUUCCCCCUCUGCCUCGUUGUUGAAUCUCCUGCUCGUGUGCCCAUCUGGGACCGUCUUGCUCACGGUCCUUCUUCCUUACCCUCUGGGUAUUAGUGCGUGUGGACCUCCGCCCUCUUGUGUGCUCUCUGCGCCCCCCACCGCCCGGGCCCAUCUCCUCUUCCUCUCUCCCUUGCGCUGCCAAGGAGUGGGGAUCGUCCCCCCAGGGCUGUUCCCCGCCCGGCGGCUCCUCCGGGCUCCAUCCUGGCAGCCACGAUGAGCUUCACCGCGAACUCGGUUUUCUUCACCCUGAAGGUGAGCGUCCUGCUGGGGUCGCUGCUGGGGCUCUGCCUGGGCCUCGAGUUCAUGGGCCUCCCCAACCAGUGGGCCCGCUACCUCCGCUGGGACGCCAGCACGCGCAGCGACCUGAGCUUCCAGUUCAAGACCAACGUGUCCACGGGGCUGCUCCUUUACCUGGACGACGGUGGCGUCUGUGACUUCCUCUGCCUUUCCCUGGUGGACGGCCGCGUGCAGCUCCGCUUCAGCAUGGACUGUGCGGAGACCACUGUGCUGUCCAACAAGCAGGUGAACGACAGCAGCUGGCACUUCCUGAUGGUGAGCCGAGACCGCCUGCGCACGGUGCUGGUGCUCGACGGCGAGGGCCAGGCGGGCGAGCUGCAGCCUCAGCGGCCCUACAUGGACGUGGUCAGUGACUUGUUCCUGGGCGGAGUCCCCGCCGACAUUCGACCUUCUGCCCUGACCCUGGAUGGAGUACAGGCCAUGCCCGGCUUCAGAGGAUUAAUUCUGGAUCUCAAGUAUGGCAAUUCAGAGCCUCGGCUUCUGGGGAGCCAGGGUGUCCGGUUGGAUGCCGAGGGACCCUGCGGUGAGCGUCCCUGUGAAAAUGGCGGGAUCUGCUUUCUCCUGGAUGGCCACCCAACCUGUGACUGUUCCACCACCGGCUAUGGAGGCAAGCUCUGCUCGGAAGAUGUCAGUCAAGGUCCAGGCCUCUCCCAUCUCAUGAUGAGCGAACAAGGUAGAAGUAAAGCCCGGGAGGAGAACGUGGCCACUUUCCGAGGCUCCGAGUACCUGUGCUACGACCUGUCUCAGAACCCGAUCCAGAGCAGCAGUGAUGAAAUCACCCUCUCCUUUAAGACCUGGCAGCGGAAUGGGCUCAUCCUGCACACGGGCAAGUCGGCCGACUAUGUCAACCUGGCUCUGAAGGAUGGCGCGGUCUCCUUGGUCAUUAACCUGGGGUCCGGGGCCUUUGAGGCCAUCGUGGAGCCAGUGAAUGGAAAAUUCAACGACAACGCCUGGCAUGAUGUCAAAGUCACGCGUAACCUCCGGCAGCACUCAGGCAUCGGACACGCUAUGGUGACGAUCUCUGUGGAUGGCAUCCUUACCACGACGGGCUACACUCAAGAGGACUACACCAUGCUGGGCUCGGAUGACUUCUUCUACGUGGGAGGAAGCCCAAGUACCGCUGACUUGCCAGGCUCACCUGUCAGCAACAACUUCAUGGGCUGCCUUAAAGAGGUUGUUUAUAAGAAUAAUGACAUCCGUCUGGAGCUGUCUCGCCUGGCCCGGAUCGGGGACACCAAGAUGAAAAUCUAUGGUGAAGUUGUAUUCAAGUGUGAGAAUGUGGCCACGCUGGACCCCAUCAACUUCGAGACCCCAGAGGCGUACAUCAGUUUGCCCAAAUGGAACACCAAACGCAUGGGUUCCAUCUCCUUUGACUUUCGCACGACUGAGCCCAACGGCCUGAUUCUCUUCACUCACGGCAAGCCCCAAGAGAGGAAGGACAGUCGGAGCCAGAAGAACACCAAGGUGGACUUCUUUGCUGUCGAACUCCUCGAUGGCAACUUAUACCUGCUGCUUGACAUGGGCUCAGGCACCAUCAAAGUCAAGGCCACUCAGAAGAAAGCCAACGAUGGGGAAUGGUACCACGUGGACAUUCAGCGCGAUGGCAGAUCAGGUACCAUAUCAGUGAACAGCAGGCGCACGCCAUUCACCGCCAGCGGGGAGAGUGAAAUCCUGGACCUGGAGGGGGACAUGUAUCUGGGCGGGCUACCAGAGAACCGUGCCGGCCUCAUCCUCCCCACUGAGCUCUGGACUGCCAUGCUCAACUACGGCUACGUGGGCUGCAUCCGUGACCUGUUCAUUGACGGGCGCAGCAAGAACAUUCGGCAGCUGGCGGAGAUGCAGAACGCUGCGGGCGUCAAGUCCUCCUGUUCGCGGAUGAGCGCCAAGCAGUGCGAUAGCUACCCCUGCAAGAACAACGCGGUGUGCAAGGACGGCUGGAACCGCUUCAUCUGCGACUGCACGGGCACUGGCUACUGGGGAAGGACCUGUGAAAGGGAGGCGUCUAUCUUGAGCUACGAUGGCAGCAUGUACAUGAAGAUCAUCAUGCCCAUGGUCAUGCACACCGAGGCAGAGGAUGUCUCCUUCCGCUUCAUGUCCCAGCGAGCUUAUGGGCUGCUGGUGGCUACUACCUCCAGGGACUCUGCGGACACCCUGCGUUUGGAGCUGGAUGGGGGGCGUGUCAAGCUCAUGGUUAACUUAGACUGUAUCAGGAUAAACUGUAACUCCAGCAAAGGACCUGAGACCCUGUACGCGGGGCAGAAGCUCAAUGACAAUGAAUGGCACACCGUCCGGGUGGUGCGGAGAGGAAAAAGCCUUAAGUUAACCGUGGACGACGAUGUGGCUGAAGGUACGAUGGUGGGGGACCAUACCCGCUUGGAAUUCCACAAUAUCGAGACCGGAAUCAUGACGGAGAAACGUUAUAUCUCCGUCGUCCCGUCCAGUUUCAUUGGUCACUUACAGAGCCUCAUGUUCAAUGGCCUGCUCUACAUUGACCUGUGCAAAAACGGCGACAUCGAUUACUGCGAACUGAAGGCUCGUUUUGGGCUGAGGAACAUUAUCGCUGACCCCGUCACCUUCAAGACCAAGAGCAGCUACCUGAGCCUGGCCACGCUCCAGGCCUAUACCUCCAUGCACCUGUUCUUCCAGUUCAAGACCACCUCAGCCGAUGGCUUCAUUCUUUUCAACAGCGGCGACGGUAAUGACUUCAUUGCAGUUGAGCUGGUCAAGGGGUACAUACACUACGUGUUUGACCUUGGGAAUGGUCCCAACGUGAUCAAAGGCAACAGCGACCGCCCCCUGAAUGACAACCAGUGGCACAAUGUCGUCAUCACCCGGGACAACAGUAACACCCACAGCUUGAAAGUGGACACCAAGGUGGUCACUCAGGUUAUCAACGGGGCCAAAAAUCUGGAUUUGAAAGGUGACCUCUACAUGGCAGGUCUGGCCCAAGGCAUGUACAGCAACCUUCCCAAGCUGGUGGCUUCCCGGGAUGGCUUCCAGGGUUGUCUGGCAUCUGUGGAUUUGAACGGGCGUCUGCCAGACCUCAUCAACGAUGCCCUCCAUCGGAGUGGACAGAUCGAGCGUGGCUGCGAAGUUGCGUUGACCAAAGCUGACCUACAAGGACCAAGUACCACCUGCCAGGAAGAUUCAUGUGCCAACCAGGGGGUCUGCAUGCAGCAGUGGGAAGGCUUCACCUGCGACUGCUCCAUGACGUCAUAUUCCGGAAACCAGUGCAAUGAUCCUGGCGCUACGUACAUCUUUGGGAAAAGCGGAGGCCUCAUCCUCUACACCUGGCCGGCCAAUGAUCGGCCCAGCACGCGUUCGGACCGCCUGGCUGUGGGCUUCAGCACCACCGUGAAGGAUGGCAUCUUGGUGCGCAUCGACAGUGCUCCGGGCCUUGGCGACUUCCUCCAGCUUCACAUAGAACAGGGGAAAAUUGGAGUCGUCUUCAAUAUUGGCACCGUUGACAUCUCUAUCAAGGAGGAGAGAACCCCCGUCAAUGACGGUAAAUAUCACGUGGUGCGCUUCACCAGGAACGGCGGCAACGCCACACUCCAGGUGGACAACUGGCCGGUGAAUGAACAUUACCCCACAGGCAACACUGAUAAUGAACGCUUCCAAAUGGUAAAACAGAAAAUCCCCUUCAAAUAUAACCGGCCCGUAGAGGAGUGGCUGCAGGAAAAAGGCCGGCAGUUAACCAUCUUCAACACCCAGGCGCAAAUAGCCAUCGGUGGAAAAGACAAAGGACGUCUCUUCCAAGGCCAGCUCUCUGGGCUCUAUUAUGAUGGUUUGAAAGUACUGAACAUGGCAGCUGAGAACAACCCCAAUAUUAAAAUCAAUGGAAGUGUCCGGCUGGUGGGAGAAGUCCCGUCAAUCUUGGGAACAACACAGACAACCUCCAUGCCACCAGAAAUGUCUACCACUGUCAUGGAAACCACUACUACAAUGGCUACUACCACAACUCGCAAAAAUCGCUCUACAGCAAGCAUUCAGCCAACAUCAGAUGACCUUGUUUCAUCUGCUGAAUGUUCAAGCGAUGACGAAGACUUCAUUGAAUGUGAGCCGAGUACAGGUAGGUUAGGAGGUGAAUUAGUUGUCCCUCUUCUUGUAGAAGACCCUUUAGCUACCCCUCCUAUUGCUACUCGUGCACCUUCCAUUACACUCCCCCCUACCUUCCGCCCCCUCCUCACCAUUAUUGAGACCACCAAAGAUUCCCUGUCCAUGACCUCUGAGGCGGGGUUACCUUGCUUGUCGGACCAAGGCAGCGAUGGUUGUGAUGAUGAUGGCUUGGUGAUAUCUGGGUAUGGCUCAGGGGAAACCUUUGACUCUAACCUGCCCCCUACUGAUGAUGAAGAUUUUUACACCACCUUCUCCUUGGUAACAGAUAAGAGUCUUUCCACUUCAAUCUUCGAAGGUGGCUACAAAGCACAUGCGCCCAAGUGGGAAUCCAAGGACUUUAGACCUAACAAAGUCUCCGAAACUAGUAGGACUACUACCACAUCUUUGUCCCCUGAGCUGAUCCGCUUCACAGCUUCCUCCUCGUCUGGGAUGGUGCCCAAAUUGCCAGCAGGCAAAAUGAAUAACCGUGAUCUCAAACCCCAGCCUGAUAUAGUCUUGCCUCCGUUGCCCACUGCCUAUGAGCUAGACAGCACCAAACUGAAGAGCCCACUAAUUACUUCCCCCAUGUUCCGUAAUGUGCCCACAGCAAACCCCACGGAGCCGGGAGUCAGACGGGUUCCGGGGGCCUCAGAGGUGAUCCGGGAGUCGAGCAGUACAACAGGGAUGGUCGUCGGCAUUGUGGCUGCUGCUGCCCUCUGCAUCUUGAUCCUCCUGUAUGCCAUGUACAAGUACAGGAACAGGGACGAGGGGUCCUAUCAAGUGGACGAGACGCGGAACUACAUCAGCAACUCGGCCCAGAGCAACGGCACGCUCAUCAAGGAGAAGCAGCAGAGCUCGAAGAGCGGCCACAAGAAACAGAAAAACAAGGACAAGGAGUAUUACGUGUAAAAAUGACACCGCUCACAGUCACGUGAAUUUAUGACAUAGAAUUAUUUCUAUAUACAUCUAUAAAGACUUGGAAAAUGAAUUUCACAGAUGUCAGAACUGUGAUUACUAUGAGAUGGGGUGUACCAUGACUAUGGUGGGGAAAACCAUUUUUAAAAGGACGCACACAAAGAUGUACCUACCUUUAAAAUUCAGCCAUGGCUGCUUUGAUUCAGUCAUCGCUCGGAGACAGAACAUUCUCUCUGCCCUGCUGUAUCAUAAAGCACACACUCUGCGCUCUGGAGCAAGCCGAUGGCUCCCCCACUUUCGCGGACUUGGAAGCUUCCUUCUCUUGAGGACUUUUCACCCAAGGUAGAAGACUUUCAUGGCUUACUUGUUCCAUAACUCCAAGUGAGUCUGUAAUGAUGUUUGUGAAGCUUGACUGUAAUGAUGUUUUUUCUUUUCUUUUGGUUUAAUUAUGUAAAAA